AGUCCUGGAGAACUCAUUCCCUAUCAGGGUCCCUUAACUUUGCGUCCCGGAAUCCCUGGCUAGAUCGCUCCCAUGGGCUUGCUCGCACCCUUUUAGCGCCUUAGCAGGUAAUUUCAACAAGAAGAUGGUAUCUCUGCUCUUCAACUAGUCACUCGCAAGCAUGCCCUCUCUUCUUUCCCUAGUGUUGACAUUUGUAGCUAUAUCAUCUCCUUCUUGGUGCCAGAACAGUAAUACGACAUCUCCAAAGGCUAGUAAUGGGGACCCAUUCCCUUGGAAUAAUAUGCGACUUCCUGAGUAUAUCACCCCAAUUCAUUAUGAUCUCAUGAUCCAUGCAAACCUCAGCACUCUGACUUUCUGGGGAAAAACAGAAGUAGAAGUCACAGCUAGCCAGCCCACUAGCACCAUUAUCAUGCAUAGUCACCAGCUGCACAUAUCUAAGGCCACCCUCAGGAGAGGAGCUGGAGAGACGCUGUCUGAAGAACCGCUGAAGGUCCUGGAAUAUUCUCCUCAUGAGCAAGUUGCGCUGCUGGCUGCCCAGCCGCUUCUUGCCGGGUCCUUGUACACAGUUAUCAUCAGCUAUGCUGCCAACCUGUCUGAGAGUUUCCACGGAUUCUAUAAGAGCACCUACAGAACACAGGAAGGGGAAAUGAGAAUACUUGCAGCAACACAGUUUGAACCCACAGCUGCUAGAAUGGCUUUUCCCUGCUUUGAUGAGCCUGCCCUCAAGGCAAGUUUUUCCAUCAAGAUAAGGAGGGAUCCAAGGCACCUGGCCAUCUCCAACAUGCCCUUGGUGAAAUCUGUGAAUGUUGCUGAAGGACUCAUAGAAGACCAUUUUGACAUCACUGUGAAGAUGAGCACCUACCUAGUGGCCUUCAUCAUUUCUGAUUUUAAGUCUGUAAGCAAGAUGACUAAGAGUGGAGUCAAGGUCUCUGUGUAUGCUGUGCCAGACAAGAUAAAUCAAGCCUAUUAUGCUCUGGAUGCUGCAAUAACUCUUCUAGAGUUUUAUGAGGAUUAUUUCAGCAUUCCAUAUCCUUUACCCAAGCAAGACCUUGCUGCAAUCCCAGACUUUCAGUCUGGUGCUAUGGAAAACUGGGGCCUGACGACGUACAGAGAAUCCGCUCUGUUAUACGAUGAAGAAAAGUCUUCUGCGUCCAGUAAGCUGGGCAUCACAAUGACUGUGUCCCAUGAACUGGCUCACCAGUGGUUCGGGAACCUGGUCACCAUGGAAUGGUGGAAUGACCUUUGGCUCAAUGAAGGAUUUGCCAAAUUUAUGGAGUUUGUGUCUGUCACUGUGACCCAUCCUGAACUAAAAGUCGAAGAAUAUUUCUUUGGCAAGUGUUUUAAUGCAAUGGAAGUUGAUGCAUUAAACUCCUCUCACCCUGUAUCCACACCUGUGGAGAAUCCUGCACAGAUUCGGGAGAUGUUUGAUGAUGUUUCUUAUGAAAAGGGGGCUUGUAUUCUAAAUAUGCUGAGAGAUUAUCUGAGUGCAGAUACAUUUAAAAGAGGAAUUGUACAGUAUCUCCAAAAGUAUAGUUAUAAAAACACGAAAAACGAGGACCUGUGGAAUAGCAUGAUGCAUAUUUGCCCCACAGAUGGCACAGAAACAAUGGAUGGCUUUUGCUCUAGAAGCCAACACCCAUCAUCAACCUCAAGGCAGAUCUCAGAUGAUGCAUCCCUCCCGCUUUUGUCUAUAAACCAGCACUGGCGUCAGAAUGUUGUAGAUGUAAAGACCAUGAUGAACACAUGGACACUGCAGAAAGGCUUUCCUCUGAUAACCAUCACUGUGAGAGGGCGGAAUGUGCACAUGAAGCAAGAACACUACAUGAAGGGUUCUGAACGCUUCCCAGAGACUGGCUAUCUGUGGCAUGUUCCGCUGACAUUCAUUACUAGCAAAUCAGACUCAGUCCAGAGGUUUCUGCUGAGGACAAAGACAGAUGUGGUCAUCCUCCCAGAAGCAGUACAAUGGACCAAAUUUAAUGUGGGAAUGAAUGGCUAUUACAUCGUGCAUUACGAGGAUGACGGAUGGGAUUCUCUGAGUGGCCUUUUAAAAGAAGCACACACAACAAUCAGCAGUAAUGAUCGGGCAAGCCUCAUCAACAAUGCAUUUCAGCUGGUCAGCAUUGAAAAGUUAUCAAUUGAAAAAGCCCUGGAUUUAACUCUGUACUUGAAAAAUGAAACUGAAAUUAUGCCUGUAUUCCAAGGUUUGAAUGAACUGAUACCUAUGUAUAAGUUAAUGGAGAAAAGAGAUAUGAUUGAGGUAGAAACUCAAUUCAAGGACUUCCUUCUCAGGCUGCUGAAGGACCUUAUUGAUAAGCAGACUUGGACAGAUGAAGGCUCUGUCUCUGAGAGGAUGCUCAGGAGCCAGCUCCUCCUUCUCGCAUGUGUGCGCAAGUAUCAGCCCUGUGUGCAGAGGGCAGAGCGCUAUUUCAGAGAGUGGAAGUCAUCUAAUGGAAACAUGAGCCUCCCUGUUGAUGUGACCUUGGCAGUGUUUGCUGUCGGGGCCCAAAACACAGAAGGCUGGGAUUUUCUUUAUAGGAAAUAUCAGUCCUCUUUGUCUAGUACUGAGAAAAGCCAAAUUGAAUUUGCCCUCUGCACAAGCCAAGACCCAGACAAACUUCAGUGGCUUCUAGACCAAAGUUUUAAGGGAGAGAUAAUAAAAACUCAGGAAUUUCCUCAUAUUCUCGUACUCAUUGGCAGAAACUCAGUGGGUUAUCCAUUGGCUUGGAAGUUUCUGAGAGAAAAUUGGAAUAAGCUUGUGCAGAAGUUUGAACUUGGUUCCUCAUCCAUAGCUCACAUGGUAAUGGGAACGACAGAUCAGUUUUCCACCAGAGCACGUCUUGAAGAGGUAAAAGGAUUCUUCAGCUCCUUGAAAGAAAAUGGUUCUCAGCUCCGUUGUGUUCAACAAACCAUUGAAACCAUUGAAGAGAACAUACGAUGGAUGGAUAAGAAUUUUGAUAAAAUAAGACUAUGGCUGCAAAAAGGAAGGCAGGAGUUGCUGUGACAAUUUGUUUCUUGCCAAGUUUCUGAAUUUAUAAUGAACAAAAUUUUGUUCAAUUUGAGUAUUUUCAAACUAAAGAUAGUUGUCUUGACUACUACUGAA